AGUAUGUCCUAUUACAGAAAAGCGAUGCAGCAAUGAUACUCAACAUCAUUCACGCGCUCGAUAACGUGCACAGUGAAAGUUUUGCGUGAGACGCACUUUUUAAAAUGUAUAACCGUAAACAAAUCUAACAAUGUGAACAUUGCGUGAUCGCGCAAAGAAAAUCAGAGCUGAUAAAAAAAUCUAACAACGAAUCGCGGACAGAUGAAAUUGUGUAACGGGGGGAGUAAUAGACUGAUAAAAACACAAAACUCGGAUCUGCGACGAUAUAUCUCCCUUAUCUGUUUCUCGUGAUUCACUCGAUACUGUGUUCUAGCUUUACAUAUGUGCACGUAAUUGAUACGAUUGGACGAGUGGCGGCAAGUUACAGUUGGUGAACAAAGUGCAAGGCUAGUGUGCAAGAUUUUGGUUACAUGUCAUGUGAGACGGAGUGUGGAGUCACAGGACACUCAAUUUAACUCACGUACCGUUUGCUAUACCUAUUUAAAGUACGAGGUCUUGGCUCGAGUGUGAGAUAAAUUGCAGACAGUGUUAAUUACACAACUGAAUUAUGUUGCUCAACGUAAAUAAAGAAUUGGCUCCUAUAAAGUCACAUUAUUUUCUGUUCAAUGCUGCAACGGGACCAAUGGUACAAUUUCUUCCAACAAUUGGAAAACAAUUGGGUUUUUCUCCAACAAUGGUUGGCAUAAUAUACACAGUAUUACCUAUUUCUGGUUUAGUUGCAAAACCACUAUUUGGCAGUUUGGCUGAUAAGUUUAAGUUGCACAAGACUUGUUUCCUGAUAUUCCAAGCUCUAUUAACAGUAGCAUUCUUUUCCAUUUAUUUUAUUCCUGAAAUAGACAAAAGUGCAAAUGUCACUCUUACUUGUGACAAGAGCAUUCCGUUCAUAGAAAUUUGUCCCGAAAACAAAUUUUCGGAAGAUGCGUUAAGUCCUGUAAUAACCAAUACUCACAAAGACUCAUUUUGUAAGUUACUUUGUAAAGGGCCAUCUCAUGGCUACAUAGAGAUAAAUAACAAGAAUGUUUCUGCGAAUGGCACUUUUGAAUUUGGUGCAGGAUUUGAUGUAUAUGACGACUUGAAUGUGGAAUGCGUGAAUGUAAGAGUGCGUACAUUUGUAGAUGGUGUCGCACAUGUUCCCGCAUGCGGAGACCAAUUGAGAACAUCGUGUACAGUAGUUUGUCCAACUAAUAAUGCGUUUAAUUAUCUGCUACAAGAAGCUAAGGAUUCCCAGAAUGAUAUGAAACAUUCUACAUAUCAGUUUCACUUAUUUUUAUGGUUUGCCUUGUUAAGCUGGAUUGGAAUGGCUGUUGUAGUUAGCAUAGCAGAUGCAAUCUGUUUUAGUCUUCUUGGUUAUGAGAGAAGAAGCGAUUACGGCAAACAGAAAAUGUGGGGCGGUAUUGGUACUGGUGUCUUUUGCAUAAGCGCGGGCUACAUGGUAGAUUUUUUCAGCAAAAAACAACAUGAGAAAGACUAUAGUUGUAUAUUUUACAUCAUGUUAGUAGCCAUGAUCGGCGAUAUUAUGGUGUCUGCAACACUAAAAAAGAAAAAUCCUGAAUGCUCUACGGACGAACCAUCGUUAUUGCGGGAGUUCUUGAACGUUAUCAAAGAGGGAAGAGUAUUAGUGUUUGCCUGGUGGUGCAUAGGUGCAGGGAUGUGCACGGGAGUCAUUUGGAACUUCUUGUUCUGGUACACGGAAGACUUGACGACCGAUGAUACAUGGAUUAAAACUCUUCAGGGCCUUAUGACUGGCGUUCAAUGUUUCCUAGGAGAAUUACCAUUUAAUUUUAUGUCGGGUAACGUGUUAAAAAAACUCGGCCAUAUUAACGUCAUGAGUCUCGUGUUGCUCAUAUAUGCAAUUAGAUUUAUGGCAUAUAGCAUCAUAUCAAAUCCUUGGCUGUUCUUAAUUCUUGAAUUGCUCCACGGACCCUCAUUCGGUCUGUGUUGGCCGACAAUGGUAUCUUAUGGUGACAAAGUGACACCAUCUGGUACGAAAGCCACCAUGCAAGGAUUUAUUGGUGCUGUUUUUGAAGGAAUUGGAGUUGCAAGCGGCAGCUUCAUAUGUGGUCGCUUAAUGGAUAUUUAUGGUGGAGUUGUAGCAAUGAGAAGUUUUUCAGCUGGUGCACUUGUGUGGUUAACCAUGUUUUGGUUGAUGGAACUCUUAUUGCGGAAGAUGAAGGCUUAUCCUUUGCACCGAGGCCAUAAUCACUUAGCAAAUUAUGCCAAUCCAGAUGACGCUAUUUUAAUGACGAUAAGUCAAGAAUUGCAAACUUAUUAAAAUUAUAAAUUAAAACAAUUUUACAACUUGUAUGGUGUGAAAAUAUUGCAUAGUUAAAUCUUAACAAAAUUAUCGUUGUUUUUUUACUAUAAUUCUUCAUAUUGACAAAAAUAGUGUCGUAAUUUUGUGGUAUAACGAAUUUACUUAUUCAGUAUUAUGUAUUGUAAAUUAUACUGCACACGUUUUUACCAUAAUAUAUACUUUUGUAACAUA